GCCCCACGCACCCGCAGUCCCGCACGUACGGCUGCGGCGCUGCGCUACGCCACCGCUGCCUUCCCCAAACGAGUCCACCGGGCUUCUCUCCCCUCAGAAUGCUGCUGCGCCUUCAGUACGCCCGCGCGGCCCCGUCCACCGCCCGAUGGAGGCCGCCGGGGCUGGAGCAGGCGCGAGCGCGGGCGCGGCCGGCGCCGCAGCUCCGCCGAGGGGGCCACGCCGCCGCUUCCUCGGCCGAUAGCGGCGGCCCGCCGCUCCACUACGACCCGUUGGCCGACCUCCUCGGUCCAGAUGUCGACCCCAACCCCUCGCGGAAUACUGCCCAUGUUGGAGGAAGGGGGAAGCUGCGAUCCUGGGUUGGUCCAAAUGGGCAAUACUAUCGAGAGUUGCCUUGCCCUAACUGCAGGGGUAGAGGAUACACUCCUUGCAAGGAGUGUGGGAUAGAUCGAUCCAGUCUGGACUGCCCCAUGUGCAAUGGCAAGGGUAUUAAGAUGUGCAUGCAGUGCGGUGGAGAAUGUGUCAUAUGGCAAGAAUCUAUUGAUGAACAACUAUGGGAAAAAGUUCGGUCUAGUUCUCCCUUGAAAGUAAAGGAAGAUGAUGAAGUCGACAAACUAGAGAUAAAGAUCAACACUCCCAAAAGAUCAAAGCGUACUUAUCCAUCACCGUCCCCGGAAGUUGCCAUGAAGAUUAGCCGAUCUUUAAGAAGUCUGAAUGCUAAAACAGGAUUGUUCACUAAGCACAUGAAGAUUUUACACCAAGACCCUGAAUUGCAUGCUCAAAGAGUUGCUGCAAUCAAGAGAACAAAGGGCACUGCUGCUGCAAGAAAUCAUGCUUCAGAAAAGCAAAGGGCAUUCUUCAUGGAUCCUGAGAAUCGGCUCAAGAGAAGCAUUGCCAUGAAAGGGGUGAAAUUUUACUGCAGCAAAUGUGGACAAGAAGGACACCGAAGCUUCUAUUGCCCAAUAGUGAGGAAAAUUCCAGGUAGUGUGCAGUUCAGAUGUCGGUUAUGUGGCGGAAAGGGACAUAAUAGCCGAACAUGUGGAAAGCCAGAGUCAGAAAAUGAGCAUCAACGGCAACCUCGGCACUGCAGCCAAUGCGGUGAAAAGGGUCACAACCGUCGGAACUGUCCCAGGCCCAGCGGGGUGGAGGUUGGUGCUUCUGGCAGUAUGAUGAAGAAAGUCAACCGUCCUAAUUCAGUCUCGCGACAAUUCAUUCCUAAUCGGUGAGCUGGAUCCUGGGGGUCAAAGGCAUUGUCUAGGUGGUCAGGCAGUAACUUGGUCUUCCUGCCCCAGUCUGGUUGCUUCUGUUGUCUCUGUCCUUUUCAGUCACUGGGUCGGUCAAGAUGCUAUCAUACUUGAGCUCUUCCUUGCUGGAUGAGGUUGAUUAAAAUUCCCACCAAGCUCUCCUCACCAGAUGGCAAGGAGGCGGCGGCGGAGGAGGAGGGGGCUUAGGAAGUGGCAAUGUCUAACGAGCAGGAGAAGGAGGGGUUGUAGAGGUUUGGCGGUUGAUGGAGGACGAGAAACUGCAGGAGAAGAGGCGGCGAAGGAUUAUCUGGGGGAUGGGAGGGGGGGGGGGGGGUUGGAGAGCAGAGAGGCUGGUGCCAAGGUUGAAAGGAUUGGCUGAUUGGUGCUCAUGGCUCAGAUCAGUGCCUAGUGAAACACGGUGCCUAAGUACGUUACUCAAGAUUCACAACUAUUCAUGAGUGGAAAGAGUAAAUAUUUACUACAGCAAACUCAUACCGGAAAAUUUGUGUAGGUGGUUGGUCCCCAGUACUUUAGGGCAGCAAGGUCAUAAGCCAUUGCAGCGGCCUCCUCCUCAUCAUAUGCUCCUAAGUAGACUGUUUUUUCAUUGAAGAACAUUACUUGGUGAUGUUCAAAUUAUGAUGUAUGUAGCAACCAGAAGAAGAGGUAGCUAAUUUUAGAGCACCUACCCUGUUUCCCUUUCUUCCUCUGUGUUGGGUUCCAAGUGUUCUUGUCCCACAAAUGGGCUUCGAAACGGCCUGUCCAUCUAUGCCUGCAUAUGAUCUGUUUAUCAGAUUGAGUUGGCGAUAAAUUAUUUAGCACAUA